CGACCAGGAGCGUAGCUACUUGUUCUCACGCAGCUGCAGCGACCAAUCAUAAGCGUCCCUCUUUCCCUGUCACCAGCAGCACCAGCCAAUCAGCAGUGCCGCUCGUCGUGCAGCUGAGCGGUGAGUCAUCGGCGCUGCUGGAGAAGCUGCACUUGUUGAAUGAGCUCGCUGUCAUUUACAGCCUCCCAGCCUCCCUCAUACACACACCGCCCGACUGUACAGAUACAGCAGCGCCGAGACCCAGCCAGAACAUCCCCGAAGAACAUGAACUAAAGACCUGCUGGACCAAAACCCGCAGCUUUACCUCCAUUCAUCCAUUCAUCCACCACCGCUCCGGCCUCAGGAAUAGUGUUUUUGAUGUCUGCACGGAGGUUGCCCCUGUGGCAAUGUUUGCACACUGCCCUGAGCUAUGGGUUCUUCAUCCUAACUGCACUGCCAGACUUCACCACAGGUCAGAACUGCUCUCACCCGUUGAUCCCAGAGCAUGGUGGCUUCAACUGCAAGCCCACACCAUGUAGGGGCUUCUCUCAAAAGAGCCACAUCUACUAUUUCUGUGAGCCAGGCUAUGUCCUACCAGGCCGAGUCCACCGCUCAAGAUGCCAGAAAGGGAGCUGGUACCCCCCUGUACCCACAUGUGUACCUAACCCAGGGCAUGGAAAAUAUGAGGACAGAGUGACUAACUCCAUCCCGAGUGUGGCUACAACUGCUGUUGGAGUGUCCAUCUUCCUUCUUACCACCACGGCCUGCAUGGUUGUCAAGUCUCGUUUGUACCCCUGCCAGUCCCAGAGGCGAUCCUCUGAUCAGCUGGACUUGGUAGUGGAUGGUCUGCCUGUGUCCCUCCCCACCUAUGAAGAGGCUGUUUAUGGCAGUUGGGGUCAGCGCCUCCCGCCUUUACGUGGACCCACUCAACUCCUUAUAGCCUCGUCUGAACACAGCCCCUUAUCAUCCCUAAUCCAGCCUGAGCCCAGUCAUCGUGCAGACGCCUCCAAUAGGAGUGCUGAAGCGCCACCGCCACCUUACGAGGAGAUGCCCCUGCGGACUGCGAAUGGAGAGAACGAGGGAGAAGCGAGGGCUUCACAUAUUGUACUUUCUGUUGAAAAGGACAGCUAACUGACCGAUGUCAGCUCACCUUCAGCCUACUGAUUGUCAGUCCCUUUGCACUAGAAUGCCAGUGGUUUGUGCCUAUCAGCGUAGGUUCACCCUAAGCUUCAAAAGAUUUUUUUUGUAAUCAAUGUUUUUAACCUAACUUUAGUUGGUCUUAAUGAAAUCCUGGAGCUGAGUGGACCAGAUAUAUUUAGCAAAACAGUGGCAGUGUUUGCAUGAUGGCAGUAAUAUAUCUAUUUUCUAUGUGAUGUGCACAGCAAUGUUGAUUGUGUCGAUGUUUUCAGUAGAGCUGGAGACGUUUACUGUUGCCCUCAGUGAGGAAACUGGACCACAGUGGUCUUUAGGACUUAUUAUAUUAACUGGCAUAAUAUUAAGGAGCUAUGGAUUUUUGCCAUAUGUCUGUAAAUGUUGUAAAUGAAACAGAGUUUGGGGUUUUUAUCACCCAUGCACAUGCACAAAGUCUAAAGCUAAGGCCUUACUUACUCGGUUUGGUCUGCGAAGCUUUGGUAAAAGCUGCGAGAAGCUUUAAGAGCGCAUCAUCCUGCUAGGGGGCCUCUCUCCUUAAAAUCCCUUCACACUUUGUUUUAGGUUGGUUUGCAGUUCCUUACAGAACAGCUGGAAUGUUGUGUAUAGUAUAGAAAUAUAUACUAUAUUGCCCAUGCCUUUUCCAAAUCCCCAUGCUGCCUAACUGAAGGGUGGAGUGUCAACUUGAAGCAAACAUGCUAUUAAAGACAUUAUAAUUUUUCUUUAUUCUCUUUAAAUGAAAACAUUAAUAUAUAAUAUUGCUUAAAAAGUGAUGUUUUUAUUGUACAGAAAUUGUCUAGAACAUUUCUCAAAAUAUAUAUACAAAUAAAGUUUUUGAAUGUUAUUAAA